UACAUUUUCAACAACCCUACUGGGAACCAAACAAAAACUUUGCCUGCGCAAUUGCACACAUUUGGAGGUAUAAUCAUUAUAAUCGGUACCCUGGCAAGUUGGCAUUACUGGCCGCCAUAGCACGAUGUCACAGGUUUAUCUGUUGCCCGUGGCCGUGUUCCUGAUAUUCCAGGUGACCUUCAUCGGAACGUAUAUUGUGGCCGUGUUGGAAGGACAUGUGGUGCCCACAGUGCCGUACAUCAGCGAUGCGGCCACCUAUUCGCCGGAGAGCUGCAUUUUUGGCCAGUUGAUCAACAUUGGGAGUGUUCUCCUGGGAAUCACCAUUUACGUCCGGUACCGUCAAGUGCUGCAACUGUAUGAGCACCAUCCCGAACUAGAUCCCGCCGUGCUGCGGCACAACCGCCUGGCGCUGUGGUGCGGUCUGGUAUCCUGCCUGGGCAUUAGUAUCGUGGGCAACUUCCAGGAGACUAACGUUCGGAUAGUGCACUUUAUCGGCGCCUUUUGCUGCUUCGGCUGCGGCACACUUUACUUCUGGAUGCAGACGCUUAUCUCGUACUUGAUCCUGCCAAUGUCCGGCACCCGCAUAUAUGCCCACCUGCGGCUAGGCAUGUCCGUGGUCUGCACCAUUCUGUUUAUCCUUCUGGCGGUCACCGGUGUGAUGUCGCACAUCCUGUUCAAGGGCCAGAAUCCGCGAAAGUGGUACCCCUCGGAUGGCGGCUGGUACUUACAUGUGAUUAGCUCCAUUUCGGAGUGGAUAAUUGCCACCAUCUUCAGCUUCUUCAUCCUAUCCUUCACGCAGGAGUUCCGCAAUGUCGCGCUGUCGCACCCCCAGGUCUCGCUGAUGUCCCUCCCCAUCGUCAUCUAAGUUCUAGGAGCGUCAGCCAGCUAGUAUUAGUGUAGAGAUCUUGCGGCUGGGUUAGCCAGCGUUUUUCCUCUGAUCCCAUGGGCCAAGACCGUUGGCCAGGGGCUAUAGCGGGAAUAUCAUUAUGGCAGUAGCUCCCAGGCUUUCCCUCUAUCUUGGGUGCUUCCCCUAAUAAUUCCACAUCGUAAGAACAGUGUAACUAGGCUGAAUAUUCAGUAUUUGUACUUCAUCCUGUAUUUUCAAAGUGUAUACUCGGGUGAAUUCAUUUACCAGCAGCCCGGCCUUCCCUCUCGCUCUCUUUCGCCCGCCUUUCUUUAUCGGAUUGCUGUGAUAUAUGUAAAAUGAAAAAUGUGUGUUUCCAAAGAUGAAACCUAACCGGAUGGAACGGAGGGCAGCCGCUUGAUUGAGGAGUUACAUAUAUUGUUUACCCGAGUUCAAGUUCAGUUUAUACAUUACACAUUACGAGUUACAGUUACUAAAUCGAACUAAUGCCAGGAUUGUAGUCGGUACAAACAAUCUGUAAGUCGUAAAAUACAAAAAAGCAAUUAAAUCGAAA